GUUCCCAGGCAAGGCUUACUUCCUACUGCGUUAAUUGAAGUAGCCGAUGCGAACAAUCAGUUCCAUACGUGUCGUGCGUUUUUAGACAAUGGGAGUGAACAUUGCUUUAUAACGGCAGAGUUACGUAAUCGAUUAAACGUUAAAAAAUUACAGUCCACUAUUCAGAUCUCGGGUGUAGCAGAAAUAGUUACACAGACAAAUCAGUCAUGCGAUGUAACUAUACGAUCUAAACAAUCGGACUAUUCUAUGUCAAUAACGUGUUUUGUCUUGCCGCGCAUAACGUCCAGUUUGCCCUCGACUCACAUAGACUUAGAUAGUAUACGUAUUCCUGAUAACAUUCAGUUAGCAGAUCCCGAUUUUAACGUGCCUUCUGAAAUUGAUAUACUUAUCGGUUCAGAAAUAUUUUGGGACCUUUUAGACGGUGAAAAGAUUCGAUUACCAACAGGGCCGUACUUAAUAAAUUCGAAAUUAGGCUGGUUGGUAUCUGGUCCAAUUAAUACACGGAACUUGCGCAUUAAUAAUCAAGUCCAUUGUUAUUUCACUCAAUCGAUUGACUCUCAACUUAGAAAGUUUUGGGAAAUCGAGGAUAUCCCUCAGGUAGAUAGUAUUCUUACAGCUGAUGAGCAGAAAUGUGAGGAUAUUUUUACCAAUACGACUAAACGUGAAGAGGACGGUCGUUUUCUCCGUCCGAAUGCCGCUAAGAGAAUCAGCUGAUACGUUGGGCGAUUCUUAUACGUUAGCGAAAAAUCGAUUUUUAUCCUUAGAACGUAAAUUAGAGCGUUUGCCGGAAUAUAAACGUUUAUAUUGUGACUUCAUGCGAGAAUACGAAAAGAUGGGUCACAUGACUCGUGUUACCGACUAUGGUACACCGAAUUACUUCCAUCCUCAUCAUGGAAUAUUUAGGGAGGGGAGCGCCACCACUAAAUUGCGCGUUGUAUAUAGUGGCGCUGCUCCUACCACCACGAAUAAAUCGUUGAAUAGCAUUCAGCUGCCGGGUCCAGCACUUCAAAACGAUAUAUUUGCUAUUUUGCUACGUUUCCGUCAAUACAAGUACGUUGCUUGUGCUGAUGUGGAGAAAAUGUUUCGGCAGGUUUUGAUCCAACCAGAUCAGAGAUCCUUGCAAAUGAUCCUCUGGCGUGAAAACCCUACCGAUCCAUUACACGUUUAUGAACUCAAUACGGUUACAUAUGGGCAAACUAGUGCGCCAUAUUUAAGUCAACGUUGUAUACGACAGUUAGCGUUGGACUGUGGUGAUGACGUCAUCGCGCGCGUUAUCAACCAAGAUAUAUUCGUAGACGAUUUAAUUACGGGAGAUGAUAAUUUCCAAAACUUACUUGACAUAUGUCAAAAAACGUAUGACGUUCUGCAAUCAGGAUGCUUUCCUUUACGUAAAUGGACCUUUAAUUGUGACGUUACACAGGAAGAGUCCAAGGAACAUUUUGUUGGUGAGCACACCCAGAAUAAAACGCUCGGAGUAGGUUGGGACAAUAAACUCGAUGAAUUGUAUUACACUACAAAAAUCGAUCCUUUGCCUAAUUCGUCGUACUUAAAUAAACGAAUGAUGUUAUCGAUUAUUUCACAGAUUUACGACCCGUUAGGUCUUCUUUCUCCUGCGGUGAUAAUUUCCAAAAUUUUGCUUCAAAAAUUAUGGUUAAGUCGCAUCGAUUGGGACACUCCGGUUCCAGAAGACAUUAAAUCGAUGUGGAAUAAUUUCAUAAAUACAUUAAGCCGUUUAAACGAUUUACGGAUUCCGCGUCAUGUAAGGGGUGUACACACUGGACAUACGGAAUUGCAUAUUUUUUCUGAUGCAUCGUUGCAUGCUUACGGCGCGUGCGCUUAUAUUCGGACAUAUGAUGAAGGGUCAGAUGUAACUGUCAGACUAUUGUGUGCUAAAAGUAAAGUCUCACCCCUGAAGUCUCUGACUAUCCCGAAACUUGAACUUUCAGGCGCACUCGUUGCUGCUAAGCUUUAUAAGAAAAUAACUGAUUCCUUAAGGUUAGUGUUUAAUAAAGUUUACUUUUGGUGUGACUCGACUAUAGUAAUUUCGUGGCUAGGUAUGUCUCCGCAUCUAUUGAAGCCUUUCGUUCAAAAUCGUGUUACACAAAUAAACGAACUUACCGGUAAUGCUAUAUGGUUUCAUGUGAGAAGCGAAGACAACCCUAGUGAUUUAUUGUCUAGAGGCGUUACUUUAGAUAAUUUAAUUGAUUGUAAUUUAUGGUGGUUCGGACCAUCAUUCUUGCAUGACCCGAAAUCGGAUUUUAUUAGUGCCAAUACGAGUAAAAAUACGGCAAUCGAAAAUUUACCCGAGUUACGAUCGACCGCGGUAAGUUUAGUUUGCAAUCAGCAAGAUGAACUAUUUAAUUUCGAUAGAUGUUCAUCUUACAUUAAAUUAAUUAGGAUCGGCGCGUAUGUACUCCGCUUUAUAUUAAACUCACGCACUAACUCUGAGCGUAAACAACUCCGCCAAACCGGUUCAUUAUCGGUGGACGAGUUGGAUGCAUCACGUCGUAUGCUAGUUAGAUUCGCACAAAUGCAAUCAUUUCCGGACGUCUACGAUAGUUUACUUAAAAAUAAACCGAUUAAGACGAAUUGUAAACAAUAUAAUCGUAUAUCCGGUCUUAACGUGUUUUUAGACGAUCGUAAUAAGUUUAAAGUGAUUAGAGUCGGUGGUAGAUUGUGUAAUUCUACAAGUUUCGAUUACAACAAAAAACAUCCCGUGUUAUUGUGCAGUAAACAUAAGUUAACGGUGUUGUUAUUCAAAUAUGAACACAAGCGGCUGCUACAUGCCGGACCGCAGCUACUCUUAUCUACUUUGCGUGAAUGUUGCUGGCCUUUAGGUGCGCGAAAUUUGGCAAGGAAAAUAGUGCGAGAAUGCGUUACCUGUAUUCGAAUGAAAGAUCCUACUGAUCUAUCCCCGCUCACGCCUGCCCAUUUCCUAAUUGGUCGGCCGUUGACCUGCCCUGCGAGCGAGGACCUGACGGAUGUGCAGCCUUCCCGCCUGUCUCGCUACGCCAGGAUCGAAGCCCUACGUCAACACUUCUGGCAUCGUUGGGCCAAGGAGUACGUUGCAGAGCUCCAGCGACGAACCAAAUGGAAGACAAAGAAGGACGACAUAUCGUUAAACAGUCUCGUUUUAAUCAAAGACGAUAACCUGCCUCCUCUCAAAUGGCGGCUAGGCCGAGUCACGCGCCUAUACCCUGGGAGCGAUGGCGUGAACCGUGUCGCCGACAUCCUCACGGCGACAGGAACAAUUCGACGCAGCUUUUCAAAGAUCUGCCCGCUACUACCAGAGCCGGCAGACCACGACGGAUGAUGACUACUUUGGGAGUUGGUGCUCCCAAGGCCGGGGGCAUGUUCGCGCAUCUAGUACUACUAGUGACAUCUAGCGGCACUGCGGCGACAAUUCCUGUACCGCCCCUCUCCGCGCUCAUCUUUCUGGAUUCAUUCGACUCGAUAUUCGGCACACGAUACGCACCUUGUUCGUUACAUAUAAAACUUAAGGUUAUAUAAAGCCAUAUUCAGAAUAAACAUAUUUUUCUACAUAUAUAAAUAAACGUCUUCAUUGAAUGGA